UAUUGGCAAAAACUUUUCUAUCAAGCAUUGUGUUUUUUCACCCAUGCUUUCUUGGUUCAUUGAGUCAGAGCUCACCGGUUGAAUAACUACGCUAUCACAAUUGUAAGAUCCACUAAAAAUUGGCCUCAUGGCAGAUCAUGAUGCAGAAUCUUCCUCCUCACAUUUCAUAUAUGAUGUUUUUCUGAGCUUUAGAGGCUUCACCUGAUACGGAUUCACAGAUCACCUCUAUCAUGCUUUGUGUAAGAGAGGAAUCACCACCUUCAGAGAUGAUGAGAACCUCAGAGUUGGUGAUAGAAUCAGAUAUACUCUUCUUGAAGCCAUUGAAAGAUCCAGGAUGUCUAUUGCUGUGCUGUGUAAGGACUGUGCUUCUUCCACAUGGUGUUUGGAUGAACUAGUACAGAUCAUGAAGUGCUGGAAUAAUGGAAAAAAUCGACCAGUUUUGCCAAUCUUUUAUCAAGUGGAACCAUCAGAUGUGAGGCGCCAGAGGAACCAAUAUGAAAAAGACAUGAUGAAGCAUGAAGACAGAUAUGGCAAAGACUCCCAUGAUAUAAAAGCAUGGAGGUCAGCUUUGCGUGAAGUGGCCAAUCUAAGUGGAGUGACUUGUACAGUGAAGUAACCUUACUGUUUUAGUGUUAGCUUCUGUUUUCACAGCUUCUUUACAAGAUUUUGAGCAUUUAUAGUAACUUUGCUUCAUUUUUUGAUGGUGUAUGUAUAUAUUUCCUUAUGUAAAAUGAGUAUAUAUUGAAGAGAUAUUUCAUGCAGCUAUGAAAGUGAGAUUAUCAAGAAAAUUGUUCAAGAGGUCUCGGAGAAGCUUCCUCCUGAACCACUAUAAGCAUCCAAUUGGUUUUGAUUCUCACUUUGAAGCAGUGGAAUCACUUUGGAAUAUUGAAUCUGACAAUACCAUUUGCAUGCUGGUCAUGUAUGGAGAUGGUAACAAGACCACAUUUGUUGGAGAGUUGUUUAACAAGUUCAGGCAUCAAUUUGAAGCUGCGCGUUUUCUUCAUAAAGUCUCUGAAAAAUCAAGGAGUGCUGAUGGCCUAGAAAAUCUCCAAGAACCCCUUUUGCAUGAAAUGGGUGUGCAUAAAAAACCUAAGUUGGGAAGCACAUUAAAAGGAUCUUCUAUUAUAAAAUGGUAGUAGAAUUGUUAUAACAACAAGAGAUGCCAAAUUCCUAAAUAAUCAAAUGUUAGAUGGAUUCAAGAUUGAGAAAUAUUGCAUUAAUGAAGGUGAAUUCGAAGGAAUGCAAGGUGCUAGAUCAAAUCAGAAGCAAGAUAAGGUCUUCGAGGAAGAUAUGGUGGGCUUUGUGGAUAUCUUCAACAAUGUAACCAAGCAGUUGAAGGAAAAUGAGACCAACCUUAAUGUUAUCUCACUAAUAGGCAUGGGUGGUUUGGGUAAGACUACCCUUAUUAAAAAAAUUUACAACAAUAAUGAGGUGAAGAAGUUGUUCUCUUAUUCUGUGUGGAUUACCGUUUCUAAGGACUACAAAGCCACUGAACUUCUUCAAAUCCUUCUGAAAGGUUGCGGGUUGUCUGAGUCUACUAAAGGCAAAGACAUAAGCGAGGAUGAUCAAAAGAGCAAGGUCCAAAAGUUCUUAGAGAAGAAGAAGUAUUUGAUAGUGCUUGACGACAUAUGGGAGCCUGAAGUUUGGGCUGAGGUAGAAUGCUUAUUUCCGGAUAACAAUAAAGGCAGUGCAAUAUUGAUAACUAGCCGUAAUGAUGGUGUGGCGAACUAUACAGGAUCAAAGUCUUACUACCCUCCAUUGCUAGAUGAAGAUGAAAGUUGGAAACUUUUCUGCAAGAAGGCUUUUAAGGGAGGAGAGUGCCCAUCUGUUCUAGAAUCUAUUGGUAGAUUAAUGACUGAAAAAUGUAGAGGCUUACCACUUGCUAUUAUCACCUUGGCGGGGGUUGUCGGGAAGAAGAAGAGACUCACAGUUGAGUGGAUGAGAAUCAUGCGCAGUGUCAUUUGGUAUCUUGCUAAAGAUAACAGUAAAGUCCCCAAGGUACUGAAGCUUGGUUAUGACAGCUUGCCACAACGAUUAAAAACAUGUUUUCUAUACUUUGGGAUAUAUCCCGAAGACUAUGCAAUUCCUGUGAAACGAUUGAAACAAUUAUGGAUUGCUGAAGGGUUAAUACAGGCACCAAAAACAGGAAUAUUAGAUGCACCAGAAUUAGAAGAUAUUGCUGAAGAGUACUUGAAUGAGUUGGUGGAUCGCAGCUUGGUGUUGGUGGCAAAAAGAAGGAGUGAUGGAGGAGUCAAAAGCUGCCGGAUUCAUGACCUUCUCCUUGAUCUUUGA